AUGUGUCCCCUGCAGCGUCCCCGGCCAUCUCCUCCGGCCGAUGCCGGCUUCUGUGUUCCGGUCCCUGUGACGUCGGGACGUACGGGCGCCGCUGGCGGCGGGAAAUUUGAAGAAAUUUUACAUAGCAAAACAUUGCUGUUUCAACCCAUUUCACAUACAUUUUGUCCCUAGUGCUUGGUCCUGUGCCCUGCCUGCAUUUUGUCUGUUCUUUCUGCCUGGAAACUGAGAAAAGUCCAUGGCGUCCAAAAAGUGUCCCUUUAGGUCAAAAGCGGUUUUAGAUCAGCUAGAGAACAGCGAUAGUAAAUCAGAACCACUUGCAGAAUUGA